AUGGUCAAGGGGUUACGAUACGGUCCUCCCAUCUUCAGAGGUGCAACUCUCUGGGUUUAUUGGGAACUGAAGGAUCGAAGGAAAGGAGGCAGAUACAUGAACGGCUGGCUAUUCGGCAAGUCGCUCGACGUUCGUAUUACCUCUGUGGGGCCCUUGGCCAAGCCGGAUUCUGUCAAUCUAGCGUUCCACACUACAUUCCCAACCUCGUUGAUGACUUUGGACGCCCAUCAACAACUGCCCCAGCAGCACUCGGCACCACAACAUGUAGAGACAGAGCAUAUACCACCAAUUUUAGAGGUCGAAAGCCAGGAACAACCUGCGUCGGGAGAAUCGACUCUUUACGGCGGGGAUGCAAACAACGGCGAGCACGGCAACGAGCACGAUGUGGUGAGCAGCGGUCAAUACGUCGCAUCCAGAAAACCGAAGCGGUUAUCCUUGUCAAACUUCGGAGGAGCAGCAGGGCCAGGCCCCAGCGGCCGCAAAUUCUCACUGUCCGAAGAAAACGAGACGCGCACCGGCCUUCCCGAAGCACCCCGCGAGGGCGAGGGCGAUGGCGAUGGCGGAGAAGGAGAGCCGGAAGAGAAACCACAACCAAUAUCAUGGAGUCAGCUACCCCAAAAGAGCCAAUUGUUCAUCCUGGUUUGUGCUCGCUUGGUAGAACCUUUGACCCAGACCUCGCUGCAGUCGUACCUGUUCUAUCAGUUGAAAUCGUUCAACCCUUCGCUCUCGGACUCUGCUAUUUCAUCCCAAGCUGGUAUCUUUCAGGGAAGCUUCACGGCUGCCCAGUUUUUGACCUCGGUAUGGUGGGGACGUUUGGCGGAUUCGCCGCGCAUAGGCAGAAAACGAGUGCUUCUGAUCGGACUGUGUGGAACGUUGAUCUCGUGUCUCGGCUUUGGCUUUUCCAAGUCGUUCACGUCUGCUAUCAUCUUCCGGGUUCUGGGAGGGUUUAUGAACAGUAAUGUCGGGGUAAUGAGAACGAUGAUAUCAGAGAUAAUCGUGGAAAAGAAAUAUCAAUCACGUGCUUUCUUGCUUUUACCAAUGUGUUUCAAUGUUGGCGUGAUUAUUGGACCUAGUCUGGGCGGUUUCCUGGCAGAUCCCAUCAACGGGUUCCCAGGCAUUUUCGGGCCUGGUUCUCUAAUUGGUGGUAAAGAUGGAGUCUGGUGGAUGCGGUAUUGGCCCUAUGCUCUGCCAAACCUUGUCAGCGCCGGGUUCAUUUUAUCAUCCUGGCUUGCGGUGUUCUUUGGCCUGGAAGAGACUCACGAAGCGCUUAUAUACGAGCCUGACUGGGGAAGGUCGAUGGGGAAAGUGAUAGCCAGGAGAUUCAGAAGAUCCCCCGGUUACGGAUACCGUAGACUCGAUGAUGAUGAGAGGUCGGUCGACCUUGAAGAAGACGAAGAAGGAACUGUUCCGUCUAAUCCUGCAGUGGUGAGGCGUGGACAUGCUCAUACAAAAGCACACAAGAAGUCUUCCUGGAAGCAACUUUUUACUAAAAAUGUCGUGUUGACUCUCCUCACACAUUCUCUACUCGCAAUGCACACGAGCGCCUUCAACUCCAUGAUAUUUGUCUUCCUUCCGACUCCGCGCGCUCCCGAAGGUAGUCGCAGAGGUUUCUUCCAUUUCAGCGGUGGUUUAGGCCUGACCACGCAACAAGUCGGUUUGGCAACCUCGAUCAUUGGACUCAUUGGCCUUCCGUUGCAGCUUUUCGUUUACCCACGCGUACAAUUCCGGCUCGGCACUUUGAAAUCGUUCCGCUCAUUUCUACCCUUGUCUCCCAUCGCAUAUACUCUAGUGCCUUUUAUCGUGCUGAUUCCCAGAGCAGCCAAUUACUUGAUUUGGCCAUCGUUUAGUUUCGUAGUGAUGUUACAAGUUCUCUCCAGAACAUUUGUGCUACCUGCGGCAAUUAUACUCGUCAACAAUUCCGUUUCCGACCCUUCUGUUCUCGGGACUAUCCAUGGCGUUGCACAGAGUAUUUCCAGUGGAACACGAACAUUGGGACCUUUCCUUGGCGGAUUGGGAUUGAGUCUGGGCCUGUCCCAUAACAUUAUUGGCGCUGUGUGGUGGGCUUUGGCUCUGGAAGCAACCUUGGGUUGGCUUGUUAGCUGGUCGAUAUAUGAAGGUGAAGGCAUCCAGAGGAAAACAGCUCUGCAAGAGGCGGAAGAAGAGGAGGAAGAAGAAGAAGAAGAAAGUUUGUUGCAAAAUUAG